AUGUGUGUUGAUAUGUCAUCCUCAGAUAAACGUAGUUGGACUAAUUUUGUAAAUGAUUCCAUGAUGCCAACUAUUAAAGAUGAAACAGUUGAUUGGGAUGUCACUGAAAUUUUGUCUCCACAAACAAACGAUAUUGGCUAUACAAUCGUUGAUUCAAAAAUUGAUCCAUUUUAUCCGAAAAAUUAUCAUUCUAUUCGAACAACACCCAUCGAAAAACCCACCAUUGACAAUGAUAAUCAGUCCAAGAAAAAUAUGACAAUCAAAAAUAUGUUGACUAUGUCAGCGCCAGGAAAUACACAGACAGAUUUUACUCGUGGAUCAACUUCAUUGUCUAAUGCAACAACAUUAACAAUUAAACAGCAACCAUUUAGUCCACCGCCGUAUCAUUCACUAACAAAUGGAUCUUUUACACAACAUCAUCAUCAACAACGAACAACACCUUCACCUGACAAUGAACAAAUAUCACCAUUAUCAAAUAAUCUAGUUGAAACUUCGCCAACAUCUACUAUAGUCCCACCAUCAGCAAAAGGUGGAGCUCCAGUAUCUUCCGAUGAUAAACGUCGUUGCGCUGUUUGCAAUGAUAUUGCUUCUGGUUACCAUUAUGGAGUCUGGAGUUGUGAAGGUUGUAAAGCGUUUUUUAAACGAAGUAUUCAAGGGACGAAUGAAUAUAUUUGUCCGGCGACAAAUACAUGUACAAUAGAUAAACAUCGUCGAAAAAGUUGUCAAGCAUGCCGCUUAAGAAAAUGUUAUGAGGUCGGCAUGACCAAAGGUACAACACGACGAGAAAGAAAAUAUCGAAAAAAAGCUGUAUCCGUUUGUAAAAUUACAUCAACAUCAUCAACUUCAAGUGCUACUAGUAAUCCAAAUAGAAAUAACCAAGAACAUGGACUUUUAGUAGCAACUAGUGAAACAUUAUCAACAAUAAAUGGAACAUCGUCUCAAGUCAAUAACAACAAUAAUAAUAAUAAUUUUUCACCGUUGCACUCUCAAACAAAUAAAACAAAUUCUGAAUCGAUACGCAUUCCAAUAACUCCCGCUGAAUUUAUUGCGACACUUUCUCAAGCAUCUCGUUUGAAUUUACCAGCCAAAGUCGAUAGUAGUCGUCCACUAGAUGAUCAAUAUUUUCUGCAAUUACUCGCGAAAAUAUUCGAUCAAGAACUUGUUGUACUUAUUAAUUGGGCAAAAGCAAUGCCAGGUUAUACUGAAAGUUUAACCCUUGAUCAACAGGUAACAAUCAUCGAACAAAGUUGGUUGGAUACUUUACUUUUAGAUACAGUUGAAAGAUCUUUAGAGCGCAAUGAUGACACACUCCAUUUUGCACCUGAUUUUAUUAUUUCACGCAAUCGUUCGUUGUCAAGUCCUGGUGUCGGUGCAAUAUGUACAAGUUUAUUUAACAUUCUUCAAGCAUUUAAAGAACCUCGUACUACACAUGAAGAAUUUAUUGCACUUAAAGCUGCAAUACUUAUUAAUUCAAUACCAGCAACGAUAACAACAACAAAGUCAUUUCGUUUAUUAACCAAUCAAAUUUAUCAAUCGAUACAAUAUACAUGUGAUUCGAAUCCAAGUGUUUAUCAAGAUAAUUCUCUUCGGCAUUUUACAUUACUCUUACAAUUACCGCAUAUUAAAAUGUUAAGCUCAAAAUUAAUAAGACUAUUUCUAAAUAUGCGUGCUAAUGAUUUACUACCACAAGCUGAUCUUCUAUUAGAAAUGCUUGAUGCACAAGAUGCACUCGAUUUAAAUCAUGGUUUUCUAUCAAUAAAUAGUGGUGCGAAUAAUUUACCAUCGCAUACAUCAAGCUUUAGUCAAAAUUUAACAAAUAAUAAUAAUAAUAUUAAGACGGCACCAACAAUGUCACAACCACCAUUGAAUAACUCGAAAACUCAAUUAAAUUGUACAAAGCCAAUAAACUACAAUCAGAAACAUCAAGAUGACAAUUCAAAUAUAGAUGAUUCAAACCGUCAAAUGAAUUAUCGUAUGUCAACAUCAACGCCUAUGAUGUAUUCCACGACUAUGUCUGGAAAACGCUCACCAUUAACUCCACCAUUACAAUAUUGUAAACAACCUCGAAAUGAACUUAUUCAAGUAUCACCACCAACUAGUAUGCAUUUUCCAAUGAACAAUUCAUCUUAUUAA